UACCAAAAAGCCAGCCCCGCGGAAUACGGCCCAGGAGAAUUUCUGGAGGCAUAAAAAGGGACCAAACAUAAGAACAAGAACAACCCCUCCACUCAUCUGCUCCCUUCGUCAAGGUCGGCUCUGCAAACCUCUCUGAAUUUUCGCUGGAGUAGCGUAGGUGGGAAGGCUGAGGAAUCGUUAAUUAUGAGGCUGAUGAAGGUAGCAACGUGUAAUUUGAAUCAAUGGGCCAUGGAUUUUGAUUGUAAUGUGAAGAACAUCAAAGAGUCUAUUGAUGAGGCUAAACGUGCUGGCGCUGUCAUCAGACUUGGCCCUGAACUCGAGAUUACUGGAUAUGGCUGUGAAGACCAUUUCUUGGAGCUCGACACUGUCAUGCAUGCAUGGGAAUGCUUGAAGGAUAUACUUUCGGGUCCUUUGACUGAUGGGAUAUUGUGCAGCAUUGGCAUGCCUGUUAUCAAGGACUCUGAGCGUUACAAUUGUCAAGUGCUCUGUUUCAAUAGGAAAAUUGUUAUGAUACGUCCAAAAAUGUGGCUUGCAAAUGAUGGGAAUUACAGGGAGCUACGGUGGUUCACAGCAUGGAAGCUAAAGGACAAGCUUGUGGAUUUUCAGCUGCCAGGAGAUAUCUCUGAGGCUCUGUCACAAACAUCUGUGCCUUUUGGCUAUGGAUAUAUUCAGUUUCUAGACACAACUGUUGCUGCUGAAGUUUGUGAAGAACUUUUUACACCUAUUCCACCGCAUGCUGAACUUGCUUUGAAUGGGGUUGAAGUAUUUAUGAAUGCUAGUGGAAGUCAUCACCAACUAAGAAAACUUGAUGUUCGUCUUCGUGCUUUUAUAGAUGCUACUCAUACUCGCGGUGGAGUUUACAUGUACAGUAAUCACCAGGGUUGUGACGGUGGCCGUCUUUAUUAUGAUGGUUGUGCUUGUGUUGUUAUGAACGGCGAGCUUGUAGCUCAAGGGUCGCAGUUUUCCUUGAAGGAUGUCGAGGUUGUGGUUGCUAGUGUAGAUCUUGAUGCGGUUGCUAGUCUUAGAGGAUCUAUAAGCAGCUUUCAAGAACAAGCAAGCUAUAAGACCACAGUUCCUUCUGUGGCAGCCCCAUAUAGUCUAUGUCAGCCAUUCAAUCUCAAAAUUUCUCUUUCAAGUCCCCUUCAGAUUAACUAUCACUGCUCUGAAGAGGAAAUAGCCUAUGGACCUGGUUGCUGGUUGUGGGACUAUUUAAGACGAAGCGGAGCUUCUGGAUUUUUGCUUCCUCUUUCUGGUGGAGCUGAUAGUUCAUCUGUUGCAGCCAUAGUGGGCUGCAUGUGCCAGCUUGUCGUAAAAGAUAUUGCCAAGGGAGACGAACAAGUGAAAGCUGAUGCAAUACGGAUUGGACAUUAUGCUGAUGGAGAGUUCCCGACUGAUAGUAAAGAAUUCGCCAAACGAAUUUUUUAUACUGUAUUUAUGGGUUCUGAAAAUAGUUCUGAAGCAACACGUACACGAGCAAAGGUUCUAGCAGACGAGAUUGGUUCGUGGCAUCUUGAUGUUUCCAUAGACGGGAUUGUUUCUGCACUUUUGUCUUUGUUCCAAACAGUUACUGGAAAACGUCCACGGUAUAAGUUAGAUGGGGGAUCUAACGUCGAAAAUUUAGGCCUGCAGAAUAUUCAAGCUCGAAUCAGGAUGGUUCUGGCUUUUAUGUUUGCAUCGCUCUUACCUUGGGUACAUGGUAAAUCUGGAUUCUACCUUGUUCUGGGUAGCUCCAACGUCGACGAAGGAUUGCGUGGUUACUUGACGAAGUAUGAUUGCAGUUCAGCAGAUCUAAAUCCAAUUGGAAGCAUCAGUAAGCAGGAUCUUCGAGCUUUUCUUAGAUGGGCUGCCACGCAUCUUGGCUUCUCAUCGUUGGCAGAUAUCGAAGCAGCUCCUCCCACAGCCGAGCUGGAGCCAAUUCGUUCCAACUACAGCCAGUUGGAUGAAGUUGACAUGGGAAUGACAUAUGAGGAGCUCUCAGUCUACGGAAGGCUGCGAAAAAUUUUCCGUUGCGGUCCUGUGUCAAUGUUCAAGAAUCUCUGCUACCGUUGGGGUUCUAAGUUAACUCCGUCAGAGGUGGCCGAAAAAGUGAAACAUUUCUUCAAGUACUACUCCAUGAAUCGACACAAAAUGGUCGUUCUAACGCCAUCUUAUCACGCUGAGAGCUAUUCCCCGGAUGACAAUCGGUACGAUCUUCGUCAAUUUCUGUACAACUCGAGGUGGCCAUAUCAGUUUCGAAAGAUGGAUAAUGUUGUGAAGGAGUUGAAUGGAGACAGUAUUGCUAUUAAGGAACCAAGUGGGAUGGGGGUUGUAGCAGCAGGAUCAGGGAACCCCAAUGUUGGAGUUUAGUUUCGGGUCAAAUUGGAUGCCACAUGAAAUGGACUUUUUUGUCAUAAUAAUGUCUUGUUUAUUUGUUCAGAGAAUAAGAAAGA